GACUGAGUUGCUCAACACUGUAUUAACUCAGUGUAUCCUUUGUGCUGCUUUUUGUUGUUAUUUCACCGUUUUCUGCGUUAUCCUUAUUCGCAUAGUUUUCGGUUGUUUUUCUGUUGUUUAAGUUAGUUCCGAACCCUGAGUUAUUUGCACGGGCGCGCGCCUACAUAAAAAUGCAAUCCAACAAGCCGAUCUCUGCGGCGGAGGCCUGACCAGCAGGCAGUAUCUAUAACAGAAGCAAAACAAUAGACUUUGGCUUGGUCCCAAGGAGCACCCACCAGCCCAACGUUAUUCGAGACUUCCAGCCGCCAAGGAUGCACUGAAGGGAAGCGGAAACCCAAGGAGCAUUUGAUGUUCCCGCAAUGCGAAGAGGGUAAAGAGGAUUCGGGCAUCACAUUCUACUGACAUGUUGUGCUUCGACUCGGAGAGGAUGAACUGGUACUACCACGUCCUGGCCAGGCGUCCCUACCUGGUGGUCGUCUCCAUUGCUGUCUACUGUGUCGCUUGCAUCAUCGUGGCCCUCGUCCUGAACAAGCUGCCGGACUUCAGUGAUCCCACCUUGGGCUUCGAAACCCGCGGCACCAAAAUUGGAGAACGACUGACGGCCUGGUACAACCUGCUGCAAGAGACUGACCACCAUGGUGCUCUUUUCUCAAAUCCAUCGGAUCUGUGGGAGAGGAGACGGGUAGAGCAGGGCUAUGUGGAGACGAAGCUGCAUCCGAAUCACAGGCGACGCAAAAACAAGCACAAGAACAGAAACAAGAACAAGCGACGCAAGGAACAAAAUCAAAGCAGCCACGAGCAUCACGAUGUGGCGCAGAAGAUGAUGCAGUUCAAAAAACGGCUGAAGGCUACUAGUUCUCCCUCUCCAAAUCUCGGCUUUGACACCUGGAUCGGGGACAGUGGAGUAUUUCGCGACUACGAGAUUACAAACGACAGCGCUUCCUCCUCUUUGGAACCCACGCGACGCACUGAGCAAAUCGAAUAUGGCCACAACACCACCUCAGUGGACGAGGAAGAGCAUCAGCAGCGGGUGCAGACCAAGAAGAGCACUUGGCGGCUCCUAAAGCAAGCCGCCACCUUGCCCACCGACGGUUGGGCAGACAUGCAUCGUCGCCAACCCAUCGAGGGAUUCUUUUGCGAUUCAUCGCCCCGGAAGGAGUACUCUCAUUUUGUGGUCCAGCGGAUCGGUCCCAACGCCACCGAUUCUCUAUUUGAUUUGAACGGACUGCUGGCCAUGUGUCAGUUGCAGGAUCAGAUUACCGAAGUCCCCAGCUACCGGGCAUUUUGCGAGCCGGAGAUGCUUACCACCGAGUGCUGCCGGCCAUGGUCACUGCCCAACUACGCCGCCAUGCUGGCCAACAAAAGUUCCUGUUUCGACCUUACCACGGAGGAUGUUACUUCGCUGCACACGCUGCUCUUGGGCUGCUAUGAGUACUUCCAUGACCUAAAGAUGGACAACCACUGCAACGAAAUACCGCAUUGUCGUGCUCCUGAAGAGUGCAAGCGGCUAAAUAUCGUCUUUAACGUCCUGAAUUUUCUCACCGACUUUAGUUUCAUCAAGUCUAAUGACUCGAAUGUAUACCUGAAAUACGCCAUGAUUUUUAUACCCGUGGCGCAAUCCAACCGCUUGCUGCCACUGUUCCACGAAUGGGAAGACGUGGAGCUGAUCAACGAGCUUGUGGAAGUGGUUGCGAUGGACUUGGGCCUCGAAAACGAACUCUUUAACGAGCUGCUGCUGACGGACGUGUGGCUAGUUUCGCUGGGAGGGACAUUCGUCAUGGCUAGCGUGUGGUUGUACACGGGAUCGGCAUUCAUCACCUUGAUGUCCUGCGUAGCCAUAUGCUUUUCGCUAGGACUAGCGUACUUUUUUUACGCCAUCGUGCUGGAGUUUGAGUUCUUCCCCUAUAUGAACCUUCUGGCCGUGGUAGUAAUAAUUGGCAUUGGAGCAGACGACGUAUUUCUGUUUCUUAAGAUCUGGCACUGUGUGCUGACCGAGAGGUUCAGCAAUCGAUGUACCUUGACCACUCAGUCCCAGAGUGCUCUUCCCACCCUGGAGAACAGUGAUCACACGGAGUCACUGGAAAACAUAAUGGCGCUGACUAUGCGACAUGCCGCUGCCUCCAUGUUCGUUACCUCACUUACCACCGCCGGCGCCUUUUAUGCCUCCUACAGCAGCUCUAUAACAGCUAUAAAGUGCUUUGGGAUUUUUGCGGGAACUGUCGUGGUGACCAACUACUUACUAAUGAUAACUUGGUUGCCUGCAUCGGUCUCCAUCAUGGAACGACUAUUUGCCACAAGGAUGUCCUGCCAUCAUCCGAUGUCAAUAAAGCUGAUCCACGCCUGCAAGAAGUCAAUUAACCGAUUUUGUCAGAUGUUUGAGGAGUGCAUCACGAAAAGCAUCAUGAACUAUGCCUAUCUCUGGCUGCUGAUCUUUGGGGCUCUAGGCGCGUCCAGUGCCGUCAUUGUGUUCUGGUAUCCAGGACUUCAGUUGCCGGAAAAAUCACACUUCCAGCUCUUUGUGUCAAAGCAUCCAUUUGAGGUUUACUCCAGUCUCAAGCAGCAGUUCUGGUUCGAGAAACCAUUGCAGGCGUACGAGAACUUCAAGAUGCACAUGCAUUUCGUCUGGGGCGUUCAAGCGGUGGACGACGGCGACUAUACGAACCCCAACUCAUACGGCCACCUGCACUAUGACAAUAAUUUUAACGUAUCCAGCAGGCCGGCACAACUCUGGAUCCUUGAUUUUUGCCAGAGUGUGCGCCAGCAACCCUUUUACAAAGAGACUCUCGGCAUGCUGUUGCCCAAUUGUUUCAUUGAAAAUCUUAUCGACUAUAUGAAGCGCAGAUGCAUCGAUGAUAUGGACAGUACCAGGAAAGACCGUUCACCCUGCUGUGACGCACAGUUUCCCUUUGAGCCGCACAUAUUUGAGUACUGCUUGCCACAAAGCAUAUCCAACAUGUAUGACACUACAUUUUUCCGGCCCGGCGUGGCAGGACCCAAGUUUGCAGAGGCUCCCCGACUGGAGACUGAGGAUUACCUAGGAAUGAGUGGAAAUGAGAGUGCAGAGUACAGCACCAACGGAUCAUUUACACCGCUACUAGUCAAAGCCCUGGUCAUCGAGUUCGAGUCCAACGUGGCCUACAGCACCAUCUACGCAAAUAUUAGGCAGUUCUACGAGUCUGUAGAGCACUGGUUUCAGAUGCAGUUAAAAACGGCACCGCCGGAACUUCAAGGAGGAUGGUUCACGAGCGACCUGAAAUUUUACAAUGUGCAGGACACCCUUUCGCACGACACCUUUGUUGCCAUUUGUCUGGCCAUGGCUGCAUCACUUGCAGUGCUCCUAUGCUUCACCGUAAACAUAUUGAUUUCCAUCUACGCCGUACUAACCGUGUCGCUAAGUAUUUUUAACACCGUGGCUGUGCUCAUCCUGCUCGGCUGGCAGCUUAACAUCUUGGAGAGCAUUGCGGUGAGCACGGCUAUCGGUCUGGCUGUGGACUUUAGCCUACAUUACGGUAUUCACUACCGGAUGUCCCCGGUUAAGGAGAGAUUGGCAGCCACACAGUUUGUACUAUCCCGCAUCAUUGGACCCACAGUGAUGGCGGCCACCACAACUGGUCUAGCUGGCGGAAUCAUGAUGGCAUCCAACAUAUUGCCCUACAUACAGAUUGGCGUCUUCCUGGUCGUUGUCAUGAUCGUUAGCUGGUUCUAUGCCACUUUCUUUCUAAUGAGUCUGCUUCGGGUUGCCGGUCCUCAGCAUGGUUUUCUGGAACUCAAGUGGCCGUUGUGGAGCAAGCGAAGCAGUGGCAGCAGCAAGUUCUACGAGCGGAAACCCAGCCAAGUGAUCGCCAGCGAGCAGCUGCUGACCCCCACAAGCUCGGCCAUCGUUGAGUUGGCGAACUCGGAGACGCACGAACUGGAGUCCCUAAACUCCAACAGCCUGAUCAAAACCAUUUCGGGCAUCGAAAGCGCCCACGCAUUGUCCUCGCUGCCGAGGGACUUCGAGCACUCAUUCCAGACGAUGCACGAGUGCAAAUAUCAAACGUAUCCGUCUACAUCCAAUUGAGUUAGUUACUAUUGCCGGACAACGCGUUGUUGUUGCCAAGAAGAAUCAGGCAACUGCAUUUUUAUACAGGGUACGGCGGCUCUCAAGCCUGCCCGAGAUACAUUUAUAUAUACAUAUACACGCCGUGUGUCGGCAUAUUUAGUUUUAAAAUAUGCUGGCGGUGGCAUAUGUACGUGUUGUGCGAGUUCUACAUUGAUAUACUCUAGAUAUAUGUGUAAUUGUACUUGGUAGGAUUAGGCAAAGCUAUUUUCAAAAGACUCCAGGCUAUUGCAAUAUGCUUUUAUGCUUUUUUUUUAUCUUGUGACAUUUCACAUUCGAUGCUCCAGCCAAGUGAAAACGAUUUGUAAACUGAAGCAAUUAGCGGGAGGUACUGGGUACUCUGGGUACUGGGUCUUUGUCGGUAGGACUGUACGAUGACGGUAUUAUUAGUUCUUAGCCAAACGUUUCAACGCUGUUUAUGUUCUUAUCUGUAAUCAAAACUAUUUGUACUCUGGUUUUAUAUUAGGUGUUAAGUUGGGCCGCAUUGUUGGCGCCAGCAAGAUGUAGUUACUUUACACGAUAGUUAUAUGCGCAGAGAUAUGUGUUGUCUAUCCUAGUUGUAUGCGUUCAAAACAUAAGAACAUACACACGCUCACGUUUGUAAUAACCAUGUAACUGUGAUACAGAAGGUGAGAAUCUUAAUGAAAUUGGUGUUUAUACAGACAUAGUGUUAUAUCCCUAAACAAUGACGUAUUGUAAUUACCUGCAACAAAAUGGCCCUGUACUUCCUUCAUUGAACUUAUGUGUUGAAGUGAUUUAAUAAAUGUUACUUGUAAAACCACUAC